AUGCCUUCACCGUCGACAUACACAGCACUCCUGACGAUUUUUCUCCUAGGUCAUUGGCGAAACGAGGUGGUGGUGCUCGUGCAUUCCACGGUUACUACAAUAUGCCCAGUGCGAAGCGAAUUAGCGGAGCGUAUCCAUACUACUUCUACGAAAAACGUGGAGGAGGACGAGCGUUUGUCGGAGGAUGGCAGCCAUAUGAGUACAGUCUUGGAAGCAGGAUGGAACGCCGAGGAGGUGGUAGGGCGUUUAAUGGGUGGCGGGGACCUAGCGAGUACUACAGCAGAUUCUACGACAACCCCUACUACAAGAGAUCGUCAAGCCUUUGGGAAUUCCUCGAAGAUCGUAAUGCAAUCUGAUCUCAUCGCUUCGUUACUGUAUACUCACUCUACCGCAUUACAUUCCAUGGAAUUGUAA